AUGAGAGUAGUUAGAAACUCGAACAGCCAAGUUCCCCCUCAACAACCACCAAUGCCGUCAUACGCCAUGCCACAGCAGAAUAAUCCUGUGAUGAUGCCAGUCGCUCAAGAACCGUACGGUGCAGGCCCUCAAAUGAUGGUUCAUAAUGACCAGGCACCAAUGGCGUCCGUGCGCUACCUGAAUAACGCACCAAGUGCAAAGCGACUUCGAAUUCGAUAG